AGGUGGGGAUCCACAGUCUUACCGUGCGACUUGGCCUGUGAAAAGCGAAACUGCCGCUCCGCGAGUGCUGCCUUACAUAACACGCACGAGCCAGACCGUUUUCAGCGCAAUAAGUGGACUUUUCGCUUCUUGGCAACUACCCUUCUUCUACUAGUGAAUCCGCUACCCACUCACCCCAUCGAGGAUGGAGGUGCUUCUCAGGUUGUGUGCGGCCGUGCAGUCGCUGGUGCGCCUCUUGACCGGGCCGCUCUUCUGGCUGAUCAACCUGCGCCCCGCUCCCCCUUGCCCGCCCAUCAAGGAGCCCCUAGUUUUCAUGAGUGCCACCGAACUCGCGCGGAGCAUCAGAACUGGACAGGUGACGAGCCGCAGCGUGGUGCAGGCGUACGCGCGCCGCAUCACCGAGGUCAACCCCGUGCUCAACUGCAUCGUGGAGGCGCGAAUCGCGGCCGCCCUCGAGGAGGCCGACGCCGUGGACCAACUGAUUGCCUCCGGCCAGAAGACGCUCGAGCAGAUGGAGAAAGAGACACCCUUCCUCGGCGUGCCUUUCACAGUCAAGGAGAGUUGCUCCGUCAAAGGGAUGAGCUACGUGGUAGGCUCGGUCGGUCGCAAAGGCCGGCGCGCCGAAAGAGACGGAGGCGCCGUGGCGUACAUGAAGAAAGCUGGCGCCAUCGUGCUGGCCAUCACCACCACCCCUGAGCUGUGCCUCAGCUGGGAAACCAACAACCUGGUCAUCGGCUCCACCAGCAACCCGUACGACACGCGCAGGACCUCGGGAGGAUCGUCUGGUGGCGAGGCGGCCAUAAUCGGCGCCGCUGGCUCGGUGAUUGGCCUCGCUUCAGACAUUGCUGGAUCAAUCCGCAUCCCGGCCAUGUACAACGGAAUUUACGGGCACAAGCCAACACCAGGAAUCAUACCCAUCACUGGACACUACCCGUAUGUGGACGAAGACCCCAACUUCCUUAAGUACUUGGUGAUUGGUCCCAUGGCAAGGUACGCCGAGGACCUGAGGCCCAUGGUCAAAGUCCUUUCCGGCGAAAACGCCGCUAAACUCAGACUGGAUGAGAAAGUCGAUAUAUCCAAACUCAGGAUAUACUACAUGGAAGACGCAGGUUUCUCGAUGGCCGUGCUGCCGGUGGACAAGUCAAUCAAAAAGUGCAUCAGGCACUCAGCCGAGGCCCUGAGGAAGGAACACAACGCCUACGUCGAAAAAGCCAAGUUGAAGGAAUUCGGCCAGUCUCUGGAGAUCAGCUCUGCCGUGUUCUUCGGUAUGGAUGGCAUACCUGAUCUACUGAACAACCCUUACAACCCCAAACAAAGCCUAAACCUGUACGUGGAGAUCCUGAAGUCGUGCUUCGGCCUGUCUAAGCUGGCGUUCUCCACACUGGCCUUCUACUUCUUGCGCGACGUCAACUGCUUCAUUCCAAAGAGAAAGUUCCAACACUACCUGGCGAAGAACGAGGCCCUGAGCAAGAAGCUGAACCUGCUGCUCGGCGACGACGCCGUCCUGCUCUACCCGACGCACCCCACGCCUGCUGGCUUCCACAACGAAAUGUACGUCAAGACCUCAGGUGUGCUCUACGCCAUGGCAAUCAACACGCUCGGCCUGCCGUCGACGCAGGUGCCCGUCGGCUUCAACUCGCAGGGGCUCCCACUUGGUUUUCAGGUGGUGGCGGGACCAAAUCAGGACCGGCUCAGCAUUGCGGUCGCCGAAGAACUACAGCGACUGAUGGGGGGCUGGACGCCACCGGGGGCCUGCGUCAUGUAAGGAGUUGUGCACUUCAAACUGCCAUGAAUACCGAAUUAAAACAUGAGGAAAGGAAGAGGCACAACGAACACAAAGCUCGUCUCAGGAGCGCGUCAAAGUGGCUGGACUCUAUAACGACGGGUUGAGUGGACUUUCGACUUUUCUCGCGAGCGUACUGACACCGCAAUAAGAAUAAAUGUGCUUGGUUGCGUUUGUACUGAUGUGGAAAUAUUUAUAUUUGUGACUAUACGCACUCGUCGUUUUUUUAGUGUUAACACAUUAUUAAUCCGCAACAUUUUUAUUAAUCGACUAUAUUAGUUUGAAAAAUACGCACGAAAAGGGCGAGGCUGCGCCUGUUCAAAUUUGAAACUCUUUCUAACAAUUCUCAUCAUGUGUGCAUGUAUUUUUAAGAGAAAAGAUAAUUAUUCCAACGUGCCUUUUAAGACUUUAGGGAACUUUUGUUACUCUGUGACAAGCAUUUCGCUGGAACAGACUCUUUGUUGUUGGAUUGAUUAUUAUUCACUAUUUUGCAGUCAUUAACAGGAGAAAGCAAUUAUUAGAACAUAUCUAUAAAACGUACAAGCUGUGCGAUGCAAAGACGAAACAUGAAAAGCAGUAUGUAGUUAGAAAUUGUGUAAAAUACAAGUCUGCUAAUAUUUUAGCAGAAGAGUGUUUGAGAAGGGGAAUUAUCGCCAGUGUUACGAACAAAACUUCACAUUAUUUUCUCCUUCCAUAAGUUGUUGCUCAAAUGGAAAAGGAUCCAGACAUUAAUUGUAAUCUGAACUUAAACUAUUAUACUAUUUAAGUAAUUUUUAGUUCCAACAAAAUGCAUAAAACUGAAUAAAAAUUGGCACAUUCAAGAUGAAACCAACCUGCAAUAUGUGUUCCAAACGCUUUAGAGCGUUUUCUGAGUUUUCUUCAACGUAAUAUUUAAUCCUAAAUGGAAUCAAUGUGCGUUAAUUGAAUUGAAAGGCUUUUGGUCAGGUUGCCUAGUAAAUAAAUGCAUUUCAAACACCUUUUGGUCUGCACAUAUAUUGCAAUUUCUGCAAUAGACUAGCUAUUUUAGUUGGAAAUAAAAAUCCUAAACUAUUAAAUAUCAGGCAAACUUGAAAUCGUUCAGGAUGUGCAAGACGCUGGAUAUAUAAUGUAAGCAGGGAAUGACAAAUACUAAUGCACUUUUCAAGCAAAUGAGUGCUGCCGUGUGGUUUUUUAAUAAAAAAAUUUAAA